CGGAGCACCCCAUGGAAAACAAGUCUGCAGUUUCAGCGCUUCAAGAGUAUUGUGCCCAGGCAAAAACUGGGAGUCCCGUUUAUGAUUAUAUUGACGGAGAAGACGGCGGUUACGUCUGUAAAGUAGCGCUCAUGGAUGUUGAAGCCUUUGGCAAUGGCCGAUCAAAGCGGGAUGCCAAACACUUGGCCGCCGCCAAUAUAAUGCGUAAAUUACGCAAAAUUCCUGGCUUAAGUCACUUGGGUACUGAUGGCACAGAUAAUGGUGAAGAUAACUUAAAUAUCUCCAGUGUGGCCGAUGAGCUGACAAAUAUGAAUCGCGACAUGCUGAAGGAGCUACGCGAUUAUUGUGUCCGUCAUGAUAUGCCGUUGCCUGUUAUCGAAAUCGUCCAGCAAAGCGGAUCUCCAAAUGCUCCAGAAUUUGUGGCCUGCUGCUCGGUGGCGUCCAUCAAACGUUACGGCAAGUCUGAUAAAAAGAAGGAUGCACGCCAGCGUGCGGCCAUUGAAAUGCUUUGCGUUAUAUCAAACGAUUUGGAUGAAGUAACAUCAGAUAAUCAAGUGGUCUCCACCAAGAAGCCUAACAUCACUGAUCUGGAUAGCAGCCAAGAGGAUGCAGAGAAUGAGCGGCGGCGCAAAUUCAAAACAUAUCGGGAGUUAACCGAUGCCGGCGGCGAUGAGAAUUUUUCCGUCAAGCUCUGCGAUCGUCACAAUUACUUUAAGUCCUAUUAUCCACACUUAAAAGAGGCCGCAUUUAAGGAGAUCAACUCUGAUAGCUAUAUUUCCAGCAAAGAUAAAUUGAUGGCCGUGCUCGAAGCACUUAAACUUAAGCCCCGCAUCACCACCCUGCAGGCCAAGUCGUGGGAACCUUUGCUACAGAUCGAAUUGAAUUGCGAAUACGAUUGCGUGUUUGUGGGGCUGGAGAGCAAGAUCUAUGAGGAAUUUAUAGAAUAUUUUCGUAUUAUGCUGGUCUAGACUGAAAAAGAGAGAACGAGUUCCAAAAAAGGCGUUGUUUCUGUUUAUAUAUAUUUAACAUAUAUUUCAACUAAUACUUAAAAACUAAUUAAACGUGUUAUUUACAGUAAACACUUGAAAUAAUGCACAUGAUUAUAUAUGUAUGUAUAUAAAUAAAUAUAUGCAUAGUUGUAAAUUAAUAUCUAUGCUUAUAUACUUUGUACAUUUUGUAAGAAAAAUACAAUACAUAUA